AUGUCAUUGCUCUUCAAAGCCCAAGACGGCGGGGCCAUUGACCCCACCGCCCAUAUUGACCCGCACACAGGGGCAGUCGUCGAGAAGAAGACGAAAGAGGAGAGGUGGUUCGUCGCGAGACUGGACGCGAUCCUGCUCGUCUAUCUGUGUAUCUCGCAGGUCAUCAAGUAUCUGGACCAGCAGAAUAUCUCGGCAGCCUACGUAUCGGGAAUGAAAGAAGAACUCAACCUCUACGGCAACGAGUAUAACUACUUCACCACCUGGUUCAACGUCGGCUAUGCCAUCUUUCUCAUCCCUUCCCAGAUCGUCAUCACCCACGUUCGCCCCUCCUGGUGGUUGCCGGCGCUCGAGACGUGCUGGGGAGUGUUGACCCUCGCGACGUGCAAGGUGACAAACUAUAAGCAAGUAUAUGUUCUGAGAGCAUUCACUGGUGCUCUUGAGGCCACUUGCUACCCCGGUGCCAUCAUGCUUCUUAUGUCAUGGUAUACUCCUAGGGAGCUUGCGUUGAGAAUCGGGUUCUACCAGAGUUGUCAAUCAAGUACUACCAAGCUCGCCGGCGCCCUUCAAGCGGCCAUCUACAACAGCAUGAACGGCCUUCACGGCAUGUCGGGAUGGAGGUGGAUGUUUGUCAUCGACGGCAUCCUGACCCUUGUCUUCAGCAUUGCAGGAUUCAUUCUCAUCCCCGAUUUCCCGUCCAAGCCCAACCCGUGGGCAUUCUGGCUUCGCCCAAGGCACGUCGACCAAGCGAUGGACCGUGUCGCCCGCUUCCGCCGAGCAGACAACAAGAAAUUCACACUCCGCUCCGUCAAGAAGGCUAUUCUCAACCCGUUAUUCUACUUUAUUGUCCUCUUAUACGUCGCGAGCGUCCUUGGGCAGGGCGGGUACAGUUACUUCAAUCUGUGGCUCAGGAGUCUCAAGAAUGAUGAUGGUACAGCGAGAUGGUCUGUCGCGGCAGUAAACGCCAUCCCCAUCGGCGGUGGUGCUGUCAGCGUGGUGAUGAUCUGGUUCUGGGGCUUCUUCUCCGACUUUUUCGAAACGCGAUGGAUCCCCAUCGCUGCUCAAGGUGUUAUCGGUCUCAUACCGAGUAUCAUCAUGAGCAUCUGGACCGUCUCGGACAAUGCCAAAUACUUUAGCUACUUUGCAUGCUACCUCUCCCUCGCCACAUCGCCCCCCAUUUGGGCCUGGCUCUCCGACCUCAACCCCUUUGACGCCGAACAGCGUGCCUUCAUCCUCGGUUCCGCUAUCGCCCUCUACUAUGCUUUCAGCGCAUGGAGUGGUCCUCUUAUUUGGCCCGCGAGUGAAGCUCCUCAUUACGCACAUGGAUGGCAGGUCAUGAUCGCUUUAUGGGCGUUGGUCGUCAUCCUCGCUUGUACUCUUCGUUAUGUCGAAUUGAAGCAUAUCAGACCCCAAAACGUUCGAAAGGCCGAAGCCAUGAUCGCUGUUCGAAAGGCAGAAGAGAACGACCUCAACGACGAGGAAGAUGACGAUAAGAAGGAGCCCGUUCUUCAUCAAGUGAGAUCGGUCGCGAGCAGGGUGUAA